AUGUUGAGUGUGUGUGUGUGUGUGUGUGUGUGUGUGUGUGUGUGUGUGUGUGUGUGUGUGUGUGUGUGUGUGUGUGUGUGUGUGUGUGUGUGUGUGUGUGUGUGUGUGUGCGUGUUGCUAGAACAAUUGGUCCUUGGGCUAGAUCUCUGCCUCUUUGGGCCCUUCGUGACACACCAAAUGCACGAGAGGGAGCAGAAAACAACACCAUCCGUGUAUCAAUUAGACGCGCCCAAGACUCUAUACCGCCUGGACAACCACCAUGCACACACGGUCAUUCACCGAGUCGCACACACCAAGUCGCAUCCACCCGAGCCGCAUACCCCAAGUCGCAUCAACCCGGGUCGCUGCCAGUUGGUGACCCUCAUUCUCAAUUAUGGAGGAAAAACAGCAGCUUCUGCUGCUGCUGUUGUGUGA